CUUAUCUGCGACCGUUAGUGCCCAGAUAUCAGGAGCAAAGUCAUGCAAAACUCUGCAUCGCUCACACCGAACCCUGAUUCUGGGCUACCAACGAGUCAGCGUGAGACGGCCGUUGGGACCAUUGCUCGCACCUUGAUAUCCCGAAUUGCUGCCUAACAGAUAGCUCUCAGCUCAGAUGAGCCCAAAAAGCAAGGAACAGGAAAACGGCCCUUCGCAGAUCCCGGCCCAAGCUCCCUCAGGGGCCCUGGACGGACCGAGGCCCCAAAGCUUAGCACGAAGCACAUCACGGAAUGAACCCACAAGGACCCACGUUGGCCGCUGGGAGUAGAUCAGGAAUCUCGUCUCGCUUGGACAAUCACGCUGCUAAGCCAGCAAGCUUGCGCGUGCACUUUAUCUGGAUAUUAAUAGUAACCGCCAUAAAGUUUAUCGGAGCCCAGUUUAUUCGUCCUAGAGCCACCUAGUUUAGCUGUUGGAGA